AUGGGCUGCUGUGAUUGGGCAGCUCCCCUCCACUGCCCGCCAACAGCAACAACCCCACCAAUUUCUGGCGGGCUUUCGUCACUGUCAGGCACCACUGCACACUGUCAAGGAUCCUCGGACUUUGGGAAAAGGAGACAAGGCACUUGGAAAGCAGCUGCUAACUACUUUCCAAACACCACCACUUCCUUUGCAACAUCUUCCAAGCCACUACGGGACUCGCCCAUUGCCCCUAUUACUGAGUACCUAUCUGUUGUCCGCGCAUCUUGCGGCCCUGCCCUGACGGCCCGCAACCGUGAUCAUUCUUACAAUCCAACCCCGUCUCCUGGCGUUUCGAGUCGCAUCUGCAUGAUACGCCCACCAUGGGGUAUAACGAGACGCGCGAAAGACAAGGCUGCGCGGGCCGAGCGCUCUGCUGGCGGAGCCUCCAGCUCGGCCAAGCCAAAGAAGGCGACGUACGACACCACCAAGAAGAAGGAAAUUGGUGUCUCCGACUUGACCCUGCUGCGUACCGUGUCGAACGAGGCCAUCAACGACAAUCUCAAGCAACGAUUCGAGGGCGGUCAGAUCUACACCUACAUUGGCCAUGUGUUGGUAUCCGUCAACCCCUUUCGGGAUCUCGGUAUCUACACCGACCAGGUCCUCAACAGCUAUCGGGGAAAAAACAGACUGGAGAUGCCACCACAUGUGUUCGCUAUUGCCGAAUCUGCCUACUACAACAUGAAGGCCUACAAGGAGAACCAGUGUGUGAUUAUCUCGGGUGAAUCUGGUGCUGGCAAGACAGAGGCGGCCAAGCGCAUCAUGCAGUACAUCGCGAACGUCUCGGGGGGUGAGGCAGGAGGAGAUAUUCAACAGAUCAAGGACAUGGUUUUGGCUACCAAUCCUUUGCUCGAAUCGUUUGGUAACGCAAAGACAUUGCGGAACAACAACUCUUCUCGGUUCGGAAAGUACUUGCAAAUCCAUUUCAACGCACAGGGUGAACCAGUUGGCGCCGACAUCACCAACUACCUCCUCGAGAAGUCGCGCGUCGUGGGUCAGAUUACCAACGAGCGCAACUUUCACAUUUUCUACCAGUUCACCAAGGGCGCCUCUGAGAACUACCGCCAAAUGUUUGGCAUCCAAAAGCCAGAAACAUACCUCUACACCAGCAAAUCAAAGUGCUUCAAUGUGGACGGAAUCGAUGAUUUGGCCGAGUACCAGGAUACGCUCAACGCCAUGAAAAUAAUUGGCCUUUCCCAAGCAGAACAGGACAACAUUUUCCGCAUGUUGGCCGCCAUUUUGUGGACGGGCAACCUGGUGUUCCGGGAAGGUGAUGAUGGCUAUGCGACUGUCUCUGACCAGUCUGUGGUGGACUUUUUGGCCUAUCUCCUCGAAGUUGAUCCGGCGAAACUUGUACACGCCAUCACCAUUCGCAUUCUGACACCACGGAACGGUGAAGUAAUCGAAUCGCCUUCGAACGUGGCCCAGGCAACGGCUACCAGAGAUGCCUUGGCCAAGGCCAUUUACAACAACUUGUUUGACUGGAUCGUGGAACGGAUUAAUCAGUCUCUGAAAGCGAGACAAGCUACUUCCAACUCCAUUGGCAUUCUCGAUAUUUAUGGGUUCGAAAUCUUUGAGAAGAACAGUUUCGAACAACUUUGCAUCAACUACGUCAACGAAAAGCUACAACAGAUCUUCAUUCAGCUCACACUCAAGGCCGAGCAGGAAGAGUACGCGAGAGAGCAGAUCAAGUGGACACCCAUCAAGUAUUUUGACAACAAGAUUGUGUGCGAUCUCAUCGAGUCUGUCAGGCCUCCGGGCAUCUUUUCUGCCAUGAAGGACGCCACCAAGACUGCUCACGCCGACCCUGCCGCUUGCGAUCGCACCUUCAUGCAGAGCAUCAACGGCAUGUCGAAUGCCCAUCUCACUCCUCGCCAGGGCAACUUCAUCAUCAAGCACUAUGCUGGUGAUGUGACGUAUACCGUGGACGGCAUCACUGACAAGAACAAGGAUCUCCUUCUCAAGGGCCUCCUGAACAUGUUCCAAGCCAGUCAGAAUCGUUUUGUACACGAGCUCUUCCCCAACCAGGUUGACCAAGACAACAGAAAGCAACCCCCAACAGCCGGUGAUAGGAUCAAGACUUCGGCCAACGCCUUGGUGGAUACGCUCAUGAAAUGUCAGCCAUCGUACAUCCGCACUAUCAAGCCCAACGAGAACAAAUCGCCCACCGAGUACACCGUCCCCAAUGUUUUGCAUCAGAUCAAGUACCUUGGUUUGCAGGAGAACGUACGAAUUCGUCGUGCUGGUUUUGCAUACCGUCAGUCUUUUGAAAAGUUUGUGGAUCGAUUCUUCCUGCUGUCGCCUGCCACCUCGUACGCUGGCGAGUACACGUGGGAGGGCUCAUAUGAAGCGGCGACCAAACAGAUCCUGAAGGACACUAGUAUUCCGCAGGAGGAAUGGCAGCUUGGUGUCACAAAGGCCUUUAUCAAGUCCCCCGAGACUCUCUUUGCCCUCGAACAUAUGCGCGAUCGGUACUGGCACAACAUGGCAACCCGUAUCCAGCGCAUGUGGCGUGCAUAUCUGGCAUACAGGGCAGAGGCUGCUACCCGUAUCCAGCGAUUCUGGAGAAAGAAGCGGGUCGGUGCCGAAUAUCUGCAGCUCCGGGAUGAAGGCCACAGGGUUCUGCAAGGUCGAAAGGAACGGAGAAGAAUGAGCAUCCUGGGCUCCAGACGGUUCUUGGGUGAUUAUCUGGGUAUCAACGCCAGCAAUGGACCUGGAGCUCACAUCCGAAAGUCGAUCAACCUCUCUAGCAACGAAAAGGUCGUGUUUUCUUGCCGCGGAGAGAUACUGGAGGCCAAGUUUGGUCGAUCCAGCAAGGCCAGCCCGAGAAUCAUCAUCGUCACCAACAGCAAAUAUUAUGUUGUUGCCCAGAUGCUUGUUCAGAACCAGCCCCAGAUUGUGGUAGAAAAGUCAUUCCCAUUGGGCGCCAUCAAGUUCAUUGGUGCCUCAACAGCCCGGGACGACUGGUUCUCUCUGGGCGUUGGCUCCCAGCAAGACGCGGAUCCUCUUCUCAACUGUGUUCUCAAGACCGAGAUGUUUACGCAGAUGAAGAGAGUGAUGCCUGCUGGCUUCAACCUCAAGAUUGCCGACACGAUCGAGUACGCCAAGAAGCCAGGAAAGAUGCAGCUGGUCAAGGUGCUCAAGGACGCACCCACCCAGGCUGACUUUUACAAGAGCGGCACUGUGCACACCUCGCAAGGAGAGCCUGCCAACUCUGUCUCGCGGCCGACGCCCAAGGGCAAGCCUGUCCCUCCCAAGCCAAUCACCAAGGGCAAGCUCAUCAGGCCCGGCGGACCAGGAGGCAGACCAUCGAGAGUCACCAACAACAACCGCAGACCUGUGCCUCGGCCAGGUGCUUCUGCUGCUGCCACUCCGGCGGCUACUCCCGCUGCUACUUCUAGACCGGUGCCGACACCACGGCCGGUACCAACACACUGCGGCCGCUCAAGCUGCGGUCAGUCUGCCUACCCAUACCCGCAACCAGUCCAACUCGUCUGCUACCCGCGCUCCGCCUCCUCCACCGCCUGCCCCGCCUGCUGCAAAGCCCAAGAUUAUGGCCAAGGUCCUGUACGACUUUGCCGGGACCAAGGAAAAUGA